CGUAGAUGGGCGUCUCCAGUUCCGUCACCGGAAGUGACCGCCCCGCGGCGGCGUCCCGGCUCUUACUGCAGACUGGUGAGUCUCCCUCAGGUUGUUCAGUAAGCCGCUACGAGUCCGCAGCAUGGAGGCAGCGCGCCCGCCCCCGGCGGCGGGGAAGUUCGUGGUGGUCGGCGGCGGCAUCGCGGGCGUCACCUGCGCGGAGCAGUUGGCUACUCACUUUCCAUCAGAAGAUAUUCUCCUGGUAACACCUUUUCCUGUUAUUAAAGCAGUUACCAAUUUUAAGCAGAUUUCCAAAACGUUGGAAGAAUUUGAUGUUGAAGAACAAUCAAGUACCACGUUAGAAAAUCGUUUUCCCAACAUCAAGGUGAUAGAAUCUGGAGUAAAACAACUAAAGAGUGAAGAACACUGCAUUUUAACAGAAGAUGGCAAUCACCAUUUAUAUAAGAAACUCUGUCUCUGUGCUGGAGCUAAACCAAAAUUGAUAUGUGAAGGAAAUCCUUAUGUAUUAGGAAUUCGUGAUACAGACAGUGCCAAGGAAUUCCAGAAACAGCUGACUAAAGCUAAGAGAAUAAUGAUCAUAGGGAAUGGUGGUAUUGCACUUGAAUUAGUAUUUGAAAUUGAAGGGUGUGAAGUGAUUUGGGCCAUUAAAGAUAAAGCGAUAGGGAACACUUUCUUCGAUGCAGGAGCAGCUGAAUUCUUGACUUCAAAGCUCAUUGCUGAAAAACCAGAGGGCAAAAUUGCACAGAAGAGAACCAGAUAUACAACUGAAGGAAGGAAAGAGGAAGCAAAAGCCAAAGCUGAAGCCAAAAAUGUAGGCAGUGCCUUGGGACCAGAUUGGCAUGAAGGCUUGAAUCUUAAAGGAACAAAAAAGUUUUCUCAUAAGAUUCACAUUGAAAAUAUGUGUGAAGUAAAGAAUAUUUACCUUCAGGAAGAAUUUAGAAUUUUAAAGAAAAAGUCUUUAAGUUUUCCAAGAGAAGAUAAGUCAGUUACAUCUGAUAAGGAGAUGUGGCCUAUAUAUGUGGAAUUGACGAAUGAAAAGAUAUAUGGCUGUGAUUUUAUUGUCAGUGCUACAGGAGUUAUACCAAACAUAGACCCUUUUCUCCAUGGUAACAGUUUUGACCUAGGGGAAGACGGUGGCCUGAAAGUGGAUGAUCACAUGCACACCUCCCUUCCUGAUGUCUACGCGGCAGGUGACAUCUGCAGUGCAUCCUGGCAGCCUAGCCCCGUGUGGCAGCAGAUGCGGCUAUGGACUCAAGCCAGACAGAUGGGAUGGUAUGCAGCAAAGUGUAUGGCUGCAGCCAGUUUAGGAGAAUCAAUUGACAUGGAUUUCAGCUUUGAAUUAUUUGCUCACGUAACAAAAUUUUUUAACUAUAAGGUUGUAUUGCUGGGAAAAUACAAUGCACAGGGCUUAGGUUCAGAUCAUGAAUUAAUGCUGAGAUGCACCAAAGGACAAGAAUAUAUCAAAGUGGUCAUGCAGAACGGGCGGAUGAUGGGCGCUGUCUUAAUUGGUGAAACUGAUUUAGAAGAAACCUUUGAAAACUUGAUUUUAAACCAAAUGAAUCUUUCACAAUAUGGAGAAGAUCUGCUAGAUCCAAAUAUUGAUAUAGAAGAUUAUUUUGACUAAGAGAAUUUCUUCAAGAAUCACAUGAAUAUCCCAAAUGAGACAAGAAAAAUCACAACUAAAUAAAAGGAAUGACUGAACCCAGUUAAUGACCACAACAUUAAGAGGACAGAGGUGAUAAUGAUGUUAGUGAAAAGUAUUAAAAAAAGCAAAGUCUAAGUAUGAAACCAGUUCAGAUAAUUUAUUUAUAGAUGUAUUUUCUAAUACAAAAGUGACCAUUUAUAAAUUAUAUAGUAAGUCUUCAGUUAUCCAUUUUUGUUUUAACAUUCAAACAUGUUCACUUGUGAUUUAGCUUUGGAGCAAAUUUAGCUAAGUUAUCUACUUAGCCAGAAUGUCCUCUACUACAGCAGUCUCCAACUUUUUUGGCACCAGGGACUGGUUUCAUGGAAGACAGUUUUUCCACAGACUUAAGGAGGAGAUUUGUUAGGAGGCGGAGCUCAGGCAGUGAUACCAGCAAAGACUGUUGGCUAGCUUGCUCCUGGCCUCCUAUUGUGUGGCCUGGUACCAGUCCAUGGCCCAGGGGUUGGGAAUCGCACUUCUGGUAGAUGAGAGCCAUUCUUUGUGAAAUUCAAAAUAGGGUUGUGGUUUCAGAAAGCUUGUAGUAUUGCUUUACUCUAUUAAAUACAGAUGCAACAGUAUCUCCUUUGCUGAUAUUUGUAUUGAUGCCUUGUUUUUUUGCUUGUUGCUGAAUUGGUUUUAUAACACAUUAUCUAUAUUAUGUAGCUUAAAAUAUUACUCAUUUAAUGAUGAGCUUCUGUCAGUAUAUAGUAUUGGUAUAAAGAAGAUAGUUAUGUCAAAAGAAAAAAGCAACUAAGUAUAUUAAAGCAUAAAGAACUUAA